GGCUGGCCAUUCAUCGAAGGGGUUUACUUCACGAUAGCUAUCUAACAUACAAUCAAGGUAUUUCUCUUUCGUUGGUUUGAAAUCUGAACAAAUCUUCAGCUUGGAAAAUUGGGUGACAAAUGGGUAAGAGUCUAAAAAAAUCCACCUUUAUACAUUUUUUAUAUGAAAGCUUAAGCCAAAUAUGUCAUUAUGUAAGUGGUGCUGAUUUGGACAAGUAAAUGUGUACUUAAAAACUGUAUUUACUUGUUGCUUCAUUCAAGUUGAAAAUCAAAACACUUGUUUUUAUUUUUAAUUUUUAAAAUAAUUUUUUUUUUUAAAUUUUAAAAAUAAGAAAGAGGUAGAUCGCUGAUCCCCACCUUGGGUGCUCGCUCCCAACAGGGUGGCAGUCAGCUGAAGAGGGUGCAAAGUUACGUCAUAAAAAAUUAUUGGUGAUGCUUUGUUACGUUUAUUUUUGUUUUUUAAAUUUAGUAUUUAUUUAUUUAUUUAUUUAUUUAUUUAUUUAUUUAUUUAUUUAUUUAUUUAAUUAUUUAUUUAUUUAUUUAUUUAUUUAUUUAUUUAUUUAUUUAAUUAUUUAUUUAUUUAUUUAAUUAUUUAUUUAUUUAUUUAUUUAUUUAAUUAUUUAUUUUUUUAUUUAAUUAUUUAUUUAUUUAUUUAUUUAUUUAUUUAAUUAUUUAUUUAUUUAUUUAUGUAUUUAUUUAUUUAAUUAUUUAUUUAUUUAUUUAUUUAUUUAUUUAUUUAUUUAAUUAUUUAUUUAUUUAUUUAUUUAUUUAAUUAUUUAUUUAUUUAUUUAUUUAUUUAUUUAUUUAAUUAUUUAUUUUUUUAUUUAAUUAUUUAUUUAUUUAUUUAUUUAAUUAUUUAUUUAUUUAUUUAUUUAUUUAUUUAAUUAUUUAUUUAUUUAUUUAUUUAAUUAUUUAUUUAUUUAUUUAAUUAUUUAUUUAUUUAUUUAUUUAUUUAUUUAUUUAUUUAUUUAUUUAUUUAUUUAAUUAUUUAUUUAUUUAAUUAUUUAUUUAUUUAUUUAUUUAUUUAUUUAUUUAUUUAUUUAUUUAUUUAAUUAUUUUGUUUGAGGGGGGCGGGGGGAUUGUAUUGGAAAACAACGUGUUUCAAAAGAUCUAAUUUGCUUAAUUCGUACGCAGAUGACUUGUAGGAGAGCAAGCAAUUUGAUUUAGGCGUCGCAGUCAUUUCCAACUUCAAAGCAGAUGAUCCUAAAACAUUACCAAUUACAUUUAGCAAACUAUCAGAUCCAGAUACUGUAGACAUGGCUGACAGCAAACCAUCUGAUCCAGAUACUGUAGCCAUGGCUCAUAGCAAACCAUCAGGUCCAGAUACUGUAGCCAUGGCUGACAGCAAAACAUCUGAUCCAGAUACUGUAGCCAUGGCUGACAGCAAAACAUCUGAUCCAGAUACUGUAGCCAUGGCUCAUAGCAAACCAUCAGGUCCAGAUACUGUAGACAUGGCUGACAGCAAACCAUCAGAUCCAGAUACUGUAGCCAUGGCCAAUAAAGUGAAAAAGAGCCAAGGUGAGUGGUAUUAAAUAAUACUAUUAAGACGACGUCAUUAAGAUAAUGUGAAUGGGGUUCCAACCCAUACUCUCGUGCCCAAAGUUGCGGCUGGGAUGGAAAAAAAGAGAAAAUUUGGAGGUGUGGGCGUUAGGAGACUUCAAACAUGUUUUUGUUGACGUAAUUAAUGGACACCCCGGUGAGGCCAGGGCGGGGUGAGAGGCCUACGUUGUAUGGCACGGCUCAGCCGGUGGCGCUGAUUGCCGAUGUACAAGCCGGGCUUGUAAGAGAGUAAUCUCAGAACAUCAUGUGCGUUAGUUAGUAGAAAUACAAGGAUAUGUAUUAUAACUACAUGGAUAUGUAUUAAAACUUCGUGGAUAUCUAGCAGAAGUUGGAUGGUCCAUAUACGCUGUAGCUAUGUGGAAUAAUCCAUUUAAAACUCCUUGACAAUUUUGUUGUUGUGGUACGAUGUGAACUGAAUUGGACUAUAUAUCUGCCCUGCGUUAUGAUGUACAUUGCAUUGGAUUAUAUGUGACCUCGUGAAAUUCUUCCUUUCUUUCCAGGCUUAGUAUUUACAUUUUUAGUUUCUCAAUAUGAGGAUUUAAGAUCUAAACUUUCCUAAUAACUGACUUUCUAUAGCUCACACAAGUUUUGAGCGAUGCAAAUUUCAACUUUUAAUUGUUUUCUAUCAAUAACUUUUAAAUUCUUAAAUUACUCAACCAGGUCCAUACGAAAUUGAAGUGACAUUUGGUGGUGAAGCUGACCUACAUAAGCACUUCACAAGCUGUGAGAAAAAUCCCAGACAUGAGGGAUUCAUUCCGGUUGAAAACUUCACCGUAGAGCACCUUCCCGAAUGUUACCGAGACUCCAACUUAAUAUUCGACACCAUCAAGGCCUUGGCCUCCAUCACUGUGCUAAUCAAAGGAGGGUUUAUCAGUAAGGGCAGGUCCAAAGAGGACAAGGAAGGACAUCCGUAUCACUUGAGUCACUGUGGGGGUACAUCCAUUUCAUCAAGGGGGACAGGUAAACUGACCCACAUAAGGAUAAAUAAGGAGGAAGACGAUAAAGAAUGCCCUUGCCGAGACUGCAAAGAGAAGAGCACGCCCCUGAAAACAUGGGGGUUUCUCUCAGUGUUCACGGCAAAGCAUGUGAUUUUUGACGAUAGCGAAGCAGCGGCGGCGACCUUCGAGAUGAACUACGAGUUAGGGGGAGAAACUGUGACAAAGACGAUAGAGGGCGCUUGCCUGGAGGACUCGGGAACGGAUACAGAUUGGUGCCGAGUCGUGUGUCCUCUACACGAUAUCGAGUUUGUAAGGCUGGUAGACAAACAGUUGAUCGUGAGGUACGAAGACAUGCACAGGGAGGUCUUCAGGCGGUACUACAAGUCAAGGGACGACGAGAAGAUGGUAGUGAUUGUCUCCCAUCCCCACGGGUGUAAAAAGCAGAUCAGUGUCGGUCGAUGGGUUGAGAGGGAGAUGACGUUGCAGGCGUUCUUUCAAACAUGGACCAAAUACACGUACACCGCCAGCACGUGCUGUGGGUCGAGUGGCGCGCCCGUGUACAUCGUCAAACCAUGGUUCUCAAACCAUUCGCACUGGGGCUCACAUGACGGAACGAACAAAACAAAUUUUAGCGGAGUCCACUUUGACUAGCAUGUCUUAUACAAAACAUAACUUACGAUAAAGUUUAAAUACCAACAACUUCAAUAAGACUGAUGAAAAUGUAGAGAUACCUUACAAUAAUACAAAUGAAAAUGUAACGGUAACGUCAGUAAUACAAAUGGAAAUAUGAGGAUAUCAAUUUUGAAAUUAGUAAUUAAUAAUUUUAUAAUAUGAUAUAUUCAUUUCUUUAAAUAGUUUUUUUCCUUUAUUUAUUAUGUAAAUAAUACUCUAGACACGUACUGGUAAUCAUGUCCAAGUAAUCAUGUCCUAGUAAUAAUUUCCAAGAAAUCAUUUCCCAGAGAUCACGUCCUAGUAAUCAUGUCCAAUUAAUAACGUCCAAGAAAUCAUGUCGAAAAUCACGUCCAAGUAUUCAUUUCCAAAUAUUAUGUGCAAGUAAUCAUGUCAAUGUCAUUAUGUCCAAAAAAUCACGUCCAAGUCAUUUUGUCCAAUAAAUUACGUCCAAGUAUUCAUUUCCAAAUAUCAUGUCCACGUAAUCAUAUCCAUGUAAUCAUGUCCAAGAAAUCACGUCCAAGUAAUCACGUCCCAGCAAUCAUGUCAAAGUAAUAAUGUCCAAUUAUUCAUGUCCAAUUUAUCAGCUCCAGUAAACAUGUCAAAGUAAUCAUGUCCACGUAAUCAAGUAUAAGAAAGCAUGUCAAAGUAAUCUUGUUAGGUAAAAAAAAGUCCAUGUAGUAUGUACAUGUAAUCAGGUAAAAGUAAUCAUGUAAAUGUAAUAAUGUUAAAAUAAUAAUGUCUAAGUAAUCACAUCCAAGUAAUCAGUCCAAAUAAUCACGUCUAAGUAUUUGUGUCGAAGUAAUCAUGCCCUAGAGCUAAGACCAAAACAAGAAAGGUCUUGCUGCGGGAGUUCUUGUUUUUGCGGACGAUGCCGCUUUGGUAUCUCACACAGCUGACGGCCUGCAGAGCCUCGUAUCCAGCCUAUCCGCUGCCUGCAAAGAGUUUGGCCUGACAAUUAGCCUAAAGACAACUAACAUUAUGGCACAGGGCGCUGACUCCCUCCCCACUAUCGCCAUCGACGACUACGACUUGGAUACUGUUGACAGAUUCACAUAUCUGGGAUCCAACAUAUCGAGCACCCUCUCAAUGGAGGAUGCGAUAAGGGGGAGGAUAGGGAAGGCCGCAACUGUUAUGGCUAGACUGAAGAAAAGAGUCUAGUCCAAUGACAAUCGCACAACAGGCUUGCCUCCUGAGCACACUCCUCUAUGAAUGCGAGUCAUUGACCACAUUCUCCAAUCACGAAAGAAGGCUCAAUGGCUUCCACCUCAGAUGCCUGCGCCGCAUCCUUGACUUUAAAUGGCAAGACAAAGUCCCCUAAACAUAUUAUUAUGUCCUGUCUCAAACAAAAAUGUGUAGUGUCCCAGCCAUAUUGAUCCAAAGACGCCUCCACUGGCUAGGACACGUCAAGCGAAUGCAACCUGGUCGCAUACCAAAGGACGUGCUAUACAGCGAGCUGGCGACAGGGAAAAGGUCAGUUGGACGGCCUCGUCUCAGAUACUUAGACAAAAUAGAAGCAGUUGACUUUCCCAGGAUUUGGGAUGUUAUGUUUAUGUCCUAAAAUCUUCCCCUGCCCUUGCCGAGGUAGCGUCAGACGCUUUCUAAUAGGUAUUUCUACAGUUGAUCUCUGCCUCACAAAUAAUUUGAAAAACAACUGGGAAGAAACGGUUGCCGAGGAACAGCUACAUCAAUGACGUAUAGAAUAGAAUCAUGACACGGUUUUGUCGCUAUUUACCCCAUGCCUCAAUCCAUUAACGUUUACUGAUCAUCACAUUCCCUACAUGCACACAAGGACAGUACUUUAUAAGAAUCCCAAUUAGUGCUUCCCCUCACGUCUCACAACCGCUAACGUGUUUCACGCCCCUGAACUAUACUAAUCAUGUAAUGACUCACACUAUUUUACAAUCAGUAUAUUGAAACUUUCGGAGCUCGAGCUGGUGGGAAAAACCCCAAAAGUACGUGGCAAAGAGAUGUCGAUUAAAAGGUAAUAAAGGGGUAAGAAAGAGUUAGCGACGACGUCACAACAGGCGGUUCCGGCUCGUAACAGCAAUACCACAUUACAGGAACUGCUUAUUCCUGCCAAAGACAAUCAGGGACUGGAAAAAGCUUUCAAAAACAUCAGUCGAGGCAACAACACGUGACACAUUUUCUAUUUCCUCCAAACCACAGUUCCCGAUACCCUCGCAGAGCAGCCCUUGAAACCAGUGAAGCUUCCUUUUCAGUACCAGGAAUUGAAAUAUCUCGAACCCCCUCUACACAAAUAGGAGCCAGAAAAAUCAAUACAUUGAUCGUGGGUCCUUACGAUAUAGCAGAAGAUGAAGAUAGCCGGACACCGGAAGGCUUCGUGCGAACAUGUUAUUCUUGAAACUCAGCUCGGCGGCUAUAUGUUUAGGACAGUAAGCUCCCAUUGUUAUUGCUCUAAAUCAGGCCUGCACAACAUACGGUUUCCGGGCCGCAUGUGGCCCGCCAGCACCCACUUUGCGGCCCGCGAGGUAACAAAAUAUUCUUUAUUCUUAUUAUUUUCUUUACAGCUUUCCCCUGACCCUUUUUCUUUUUGGCCCGCACAAGUCCAGUCCUAUUUUCUUUUGUUUUUUCUUAAAAUAUUACGGCCCGCCGUGCAGGCCUGCUCUAAAUCUUCGGCUCCAUGGACAUGAUUGACAUUUUCGAAAACAUACGUUUUGUAUUUCUAUUUUUAAUUUAAUGUUUACGUUUUUCUUGUUUUUGUAUUAAAACAGCCGAAGUAGGCAACUUGCCAAGUC